AUGGCGGACGAGGACGUUGACCGCUUGGUGCAGGAUUUUGCUGCCAAGGUUACGCUGCAUGCGAGCAGCGCCCAGGACACGGACUCUGAGGCAGAUGAGGACAUGGCACCCAACGAUGGUCCCAUGAUCGCAGGCAGCUGCAAGUGCGGCGGCUGUCGUUUUCAGUUCUCCGCUCGAAAGGUGUUGCCCCACGGCUCAUCUGGUCACCUGGAUAUGGCGAAUUGCCACUGCAGCCCCUGUCGACAUGCGCAUGCUGCAGCUUUUGCAUCCUACGUCACUGUUCCCACUGCUGCGGUGGAGAGGCUGAAGGGAGCCGACUUGGUGGAAGCCCGCCGAGACCGAUGUAAGCACCUCAACGCGGACGUCCUCAGGAUCUUCUGCGGCAAGUGCUUCUCCUGCUUGGCAAUGCUUCCGAAGGUGGGCAAAGAGGUUCACAUCUGCGCCGGUUCGCUGGAG